AAAACGCCGACAUGUGCAGGGUCAGAAGUUGCGUGCUUCUAAAGGUUAUUCGCGUGGUGGGAUGAGGUUUUGUGGCAUCUUGCUCAUUUGAGCAACCCAUGAUAUAUAGGGGGCACAAUGAAAAUGUAUUGUAACUACAGGGUCAAUUUGAAAUUAACUCAAAUUAAUUUCUUGGAAUCAGCCCAUCUUCACCUGCACUUUCUUGCAAUUGGGUCCUUCCCAUUUUCUCUUUCUUCUUUGUCUGUCUGCUUCUGUACUCUGCUCUGCUCCUUUGCUGUUCUGUCAGUCUAUUAUCUAUGGCGGACGACGGCGAGGGGUACGCAGCGGAGGAGGCCAAGAAGAGAUGCCGGCGCGUUAUCGACAGCAUAGGGAGGUUGCCAUCAUCGACCCCUGAUUCCUGCAAGCGCACCCUCCUCCGAUUGGCCCAGGCCGAGCUCUCCUUCCUCUCUCGCCGGCCAUCUCCUUCUUCGUCUUCCUCCUCCACAGCUCCUCUCAGCAUCAAUAUCGGGCAUUUGGAGGCUAUCCUUCACAUUCUCUGGCAGCCAUUCAUAAACGGAGUCUCUCGCGUCUGCAAGCCGAUUACUGGAUCCCCUGCGACCAAAGGGGACAGAAGCAGCAAUUCGGGUUCGAAAACUGCAUAUGCUGACAUAGUGUGUAUUGUUAAAGGGAAGCCGGUUUGGAUCAUCGUUUCCGAUCGGAACCCCAAGUAUGUGUCCUGGGACGGAUGUAGUAGACAUAAGGGAUUGAAAUCAAAGAUUGAACAAGUUUUAGCAGCAGCCCAAUCAUCACUCACGCUUAGACCUUCAUCGGUCGUUCUGUUCUUUUCAAAGGGCGUCGAUGGUCGUAUUCUUGAGGAGAUCGAGCAUCAGUUUGGCGCUUCCAAGUUUGAGAUGGGGAUUCCUGAUUUUGAUUUCGCCGAGGAGCGGGAUGGUGAGUGGAUAAACAUAGUCAUGAGGUCGUUUCAGGAAUCAGUUGCGCUUGAAAUAAAAGUUGAUGAGUUUGAAUAUGCUGCCUUGGCUUCGGAGUCUGGAGUUAGGUGCUCGACGUUGGGUUCUGAAGCAACAGAAGUUUCUGAAGAGAGAUCUAGUUCUGAUGCCUUCGCCGCUCUAAUAUCCGGAUUGAAGCCAUCAGUUGAAAUGAAUGAAAUGGAAAUUGCUUUAUCUGAUGAUCUGCAAGGUGGAGGCAAGCUUAUAAAUUUUGACACUACUGCUCUGGUUGCUCUUGUAUCGGAAAUUAGUAAUGACGGUGCAGAAAAGAUUUUGUCUAAGUCAAACGAUGAGCUGAGGCAACGGUUUAAGGGCAACGUGGAUUUCGUGAUUGAACAGGCGAAGUCUCAGCUUCAGAACCCGAUUCAUGUGGAGCUGGGCUUGGCAAUGUCUAUGAAAAGAGGCAUGAUAUGUGAAACCGUUCUUUCGGAGUUCAAAGAGUUAGUAUCCAUGUGCGGAGGGCCCAGAGAAAAGUUGAGAGCCGAUCAGUUAGUGAAACGCCUCAUCGUCGUGCCGGAUCAUCCUUCAGAUCGGAUAGCGAACCUUCCGACCACCAGAAAGCUUGACCAUAAGAACAAGAUUGUCUUUGGCACAGGCGAUUACUGGCACGCUCCCACUUUGACUGCAAAUAUGGCUUUUGUGAGAGCAGUUUCGCAGACUGGGAUGUCUCUGUAUACCAUUAGCCACCGACCUCGAGCUUUAACCGGGGACUGAGCCGUGUUGUCAGAAAUUUAGCUUCUGUUUGAUUCUUAAAAUCUCGGGUAAUGUUCUGGUUUCUGUUUCCUUUUUUUUUAUAAAAACGAUGAUCAGAAAGAAAUGCUGUUGUGAAUUUGUAGAGAUGUAGAAAAACAAAUCAAAUAGAUUUCUUCACACACGGUGAAAAUAUUCAUCAUUUUACGUCUAAUGAGUACAAGCAGGGAGCAAAAUGAACUGAAAAGAAUGAAGUCGAAAGAAUGCGCUGAUGAAGCAGUGGCAUACGCGGAACUAAACUUUAAAGCUUAGAACUGAAGCUACACUUGUUGGCUUUGAUGCUGAUCUGGCUGUUGGUACUUAAGCUAUCGACCACCAAUGAACACUUUCCCAGGACCCUUAUCUUCCUCAGCUUCCAUGUUCCGAGCUCGAUUCUGACCGGCGCAUCGACCUUAAGGUCCAGAGGGAUAUUUCCUGUCUGCUGCUGCUGCUGCAGGGCGGACAGUAUGGUGCUUCCAGAUGCUCUCUGACCAGUUAAGGCCAUGUCGAGCUUCGUUACAUUUCUGUGGCCCUGAUAGAACUUCGGGAGUUGCCCGUCACAUAGGCUAUCAACAGAAUACUGCGGAUGCUUCGGCUUGAAGACAAGGAAGAUAACCCCGAUGGCAACUCCAAUGAGGAUCAGUAAAACGAUGAUGAUGCUGAUGGUCCAGCAGAAGCAUCUGCAGCAGCAGCUUCUCUUUCUCGGUGGGCUGGAGAAGACCAAAGGGACGGCCCGUGGAGGUGGGGCACGGGGAUGGAUGGAAUUCCCUUUCUCCAAGGUUGACGAAGAGCCAGGCUCCACUAGAGGUGCUGUAGGCUUAGAACGGAAGUCUGCAGCAGGAUGGAUCCUCUGGGCUUCUGCCAUUUCUGUGCUGGUUUUCCCUGAAGUUCGGCAAGGGAAGUUCCGAAGCGCGUAAAUGCAAUAUCUUGUUCAUGUAAGUCGAGGUUGCUCGUUUCGGUUUUGAAAGUAAUGUAUAAUUUUAAUGGGAGUGGGUCGAUUGCUAUAUAAACUGAGGGGGUUCUACGUAUC